CCACCCGUGUACUGGGUCGUGUUUAAGUUCACGCAGAAACUGAAGCACCGCCAAUGAUGGUCAAUGAUGUGAAUGAUGAACAAGAGUCGCUAUCGGUUAGCUAUUGUUGUGUGGAGUAAUUUAGUGCAAUUUAACGUGGAGUUCAGCGUUGUAGAUAUUCCCGGUUAGUUUUACCAGUGGUGCAAGAAAUAGCGCCAUGACAUGAUGAACUGGGUGAAGUAGAGGUUUCUGCCAGUUUACAUAAUAUAACUGCAAUUAGCAUAAUCUGUUUGUUUUUAACAAAGUUAGUAAAACCCUAAAACUGUCCAGUUCGAGUUGGAAAGCGCGCAGGUUGAGGCUAGUAAAUGUCCAUCUUAAACUGUUAACUUAAUUUAUCGUAGACACCUUUCCACAGUCUUAACGAGAUGCAAACAUACUGCCAUCCAAGUAAGCCUUCCCUUAUAUUUGUCAAAUAAAACUGAAAAUCGAUGCAAGAUUGUAAAUCGUGUGAAGUAUUGUUGUCUCGACUGGCAGAUUAAUUAUUUGUAGUGUUAAACAGUGAUAUGAACUCUUUUGUUUGCUGUCGUAGUUAGCAAUGGCUCCAAUGUCUAUCAUGCACGCGAAAACCUUAAUAAUUACUUCCCACGUGCGAUUCCCAUGGCAACGCACCAAAAGUGGCAUUAUAACUUUUACAUAUGAAAAAGUUACGUCACAUAUUUUGAAAGCAGUCUGUUUUUACUUAAGCCGAGCUUUUGUUAUGUACACAAUUAUUCUAUGUCGGUCUCUUGGGAGCUGGUGUUGCUUGGAGCUGGCUGAAGUAGUUUGUUUGCACAUUUAGUUGUUUGCUGUCUUGCGGGGUCUCGUGGCCAUACACAUGAACUACAUAUUACUUUGAGAGCAUUGCAAUCAAAAUGACAGUCGGUUUAACGGACUUGUUGGAUCUAGCCAUUAGUCCGCAAAUCGGACCUGUGAAUUUCUUUCAUUUACGGAAUCUUCUACACACUAUUGUAGAACAUUUUGGUAUCGGCGAAAUAGACGCACAGCAAGCAGAGGUCAGAGGCCCACAGUCAAUAAGAUCUUCAUCUGAAGCCUCCAGCAGCGUUGAUUCUUCGGACAGCGAAGAAGAUGAAGAAAGCGAAGACGAGUCUGCAGACGAUGGUCACGUGAGCGAAGAAGAAGUGACGCAGACCAUAAUAGAUGAAGACGGACAGGAAAAGACUGUCACCGUUAUGGUUCAAAAGCCACCCAAACCAAAGAAACGGCAGUCUGAGCUCACCGACCAAGAUGGCAAUGACAAGGACGGUGAAGAAAAGAAGAAACGUAAGGACAAAGACAAAUCAAGACAUAAAGACAAAGACAGCACAAGAGAGAAAGACGGGAAGCAUUCAAAACACGAGAAAGAGGGUGACGAGAAAGACCACAAAAAGAAGAAGAGAGACAAAGAUAGAAGUGGUUCAUAUGGCGGUGAUUCUGUGUACGGAAAGAAAGAUGACAAGAAAAAGGAACGUAGAAUGACAAUGGAUGGACUAUCUGAAGCCCCAGAGUUGAUCAACAUUAACCGCAGGUUGGAGGCAGCGGAAACAGGGAUUAAAGGUCUCAGGAAUAUCAUUGACUCCAUGGUAAAUCAGGUGGACUUUGGUGAUGAGGUGGGUGGAAUGUUAAAGGCGCAACUUGACCAGGUUCAACAACAGCUUAAUAAAGUCGAGCUCGUUCCUGAAGGGGAAGCUGCAAAGAAGGAAAAGAAACGGAAAGGAUCCAAGGCCAAGGGGCCCCAGGACAUGCCCCAGGAUGGAAUCAUCACUGAAGGAUCUCAGCAAGGCCCAGGAACUGUUGAAGGCCAGGGUCAGUCCAUGAAGGUGGUCCCUGUUAUCCCACCACCUGAUAGGAUGUCCCAGGAUAUGCCCAAGCUACAACCCGGUCACCUGCCUUCAAGAAAAGACGAAAAGCGCAAGAUAAGCUUGCCAAUGAGAGGGGAGCGGCCUCCCAGUCAGGGAGAGAAAGCGCCGCUAAGAAAGCGCACCACAAUGGAAGAUCUGAAGUUACGUAAGAAGGCACGAGAAGAAGGCGUGACUAUAGAGGAGAUAGAGGCACGAGAAACAGCUCAGGAAAGCAAGAAAGAGAAGAAGAGUAAAGAAAAGGAGAAGGAAAAGGGAAAAGAGGACGAGAAAGAAAAGGCGGACAAGAAGAAAGGAGAGGAAAGCAGUUCUGAUGAGGAAUCUAUUGACUCAGAGGAAGAGAGAGAGGCAAUGGAAGAAAUGAUCAUGGAGGAGAUUGAGGCAGCGCUGGAGAACACCGACGAUCCAGAGGCUCAAGCGUACGCUUUGCGCCUCAGUAUUGAACAAAUGAAUAACAUGAAGAGAAACUUUGCACAAUCACAGGAAGAGUUUAAAAAAGAAAUGGAAAAGAAUAAGAGAGCCAUUGAGCUGAUCGCUAAGGAUUUGGCCGCCUUCCGCUCUGCGAGAAAAGCUCAGGACGCCGAAGGUUUCAAUGCUGUACAUCAUGUGCAUAGUAUGGUGCUUGAACUGCAGGCUAAACAUGAAAAGCUGGUCCAGACUACCGCUGAGCUGGUGAACGAGUACAACAGGCGCGAAAAGAGCCUGGAGGAAUUGUAUGGUUCAAUUGACAGGCUGGAUCAGAACAAGGCUGAUAAAAAACAUGUCAGCCAAGAAAUCGGUAUUAAGGCCGACAAAGGAGACCUGGAGUCUAAAGUGAGCGUGAAUCAAUUUGAUGAGAGCUUCAACCUGUUGGACCGCGGUCUUAGUGAUGCGCUGGAGAAAAUGGAGAGUCAAAUGAGUAUUGAAGAUGCAUUGAAAGAAACACUGCAAGAAUUACAAAGCAAGUUGCAUCUCAAACUCGAUAGGCAGGAGCUGGAUUCUCUCCGAGAUCAGCUGGAAUCACGCAUCAGAGAAGUGCAAGUUGUACGAGCCACUGUGAAGGAGAAACCUGAUGAUGGAGAGCCAGCCGGAUUUAGGAGGAACAAGACGGAGAAAGUUCAUUGUAUAUCAUGUGACCGCCCGUUGGAGGUUCAACCGGGAGGAAUUGGACCCAACAUGCCAAAGAUCCAAGGUUUGCCAGGGCAGAAGUCUUCCAAACCCUACACAACUUUUGAACUGGAACACAUCCGCCAACAUCAAAAGAUGAACAUCGCUAAGAAACCUCCCGUCAUAGGGGCUGACCUUGGUUACCAGGCACAAAAGCUCAAGAAUGAGGUGAUGGCCAUGACAGGUCUCGUGGAUCUGAUAGAGCUGCCUCCUUCCCAAAGGUACUGUGGAGGCUCCCACACAAUCAUGCAUCCAUUCCGCCGAUCUUUCAAGACAACGGGGUCUCAUUUCAACCAAUAUGUCGUUAUACGCGAGGACAGUGACGCCUCUGUCACAUUACCUCGCCGGGACUUCAUAGUACCACGCGACAGCAAUCUAAAACGAUACAUGAAACCCAAGCUACCCGCCAUAGGGCAGUCCAAUACUCGAGAACCUUCUCCUCCUCCAGAGUACAUGGCAGAGUAUAAAGAUCGGCCCCUCAGUGCCCCGGCCACCCCUUCAGUGGGUCAAAGGCGUAAACUCAGCUCGCCCCAGGUAAUCGACGAACCAUCCAAUUCUCCACCUCUGAACGAGGCUGCAUCGCCCGUCGAAAUGGAGAGAAUAUCCGUUACAAUACCUUCUCCAGCCGAAGAGUCAUAACGUAACUAUUGCAUUAGGUUUAAAGAAGCUAACUUGCAAAGGUUAUGCUAUUGUGAAAAAUGAACUUGUAGUACAUCAUUAGUAGAUUGGUUUGUAGUUGGCUGGAAGUGUGAUCGGUCUGAAAUAUAUUACUGUGGGCGUUUUCCUACCGACGCAAAUAUUGCCGACUUCUCAAAACGGGGCUAAAUGGUAAGGAAAUUUCCUGAGAUGCGAACCAUUUAACCGAAAAUUCCGGAAAUUCUGCGGCCAAAGUAAAAAAAAAAAGUUUUCCAAAAUUUCGGUAUACUUUGCGUGGUUGUCUUCUUCCUUUCCGGAAACUCUAGGUGCUGUUCCAUUCGCGCCACUGGAAAUGUUAGGAAAUUGAAUCCAGAAUUCUCGGUCCGAUGGAAUGCGCACGGAGUUUUGCAGUUUACCCUCAAAUUUCUUGAAACUGUCGCAAUCAAGAAAGCACUGGGUUUUUAAUGUAAUCCGCAAAGGCGUGUGCAGUCAUCACUUCUUAGGAAGUACAACUGAGAAACAAAAUAAGCUGGCUAGAAGUUCCAAUUGUAAAUAUUCAGAAAUAUUUAAUUUUGAUUCUCAUCCGACUGUUUACCUUGUAUUUUAUAAAAAUCAAUGUUUAGUUCUUGUGUAUUUCUUGUAAAAAAGACUGCUUCCAAGAACCAACGACAACGUGCUUUAGCGCGGUUUUGUUUUCGUUGUUAAACCCAGAGAAAAGGAAAUUUUACCUCUGUU